AUGUCUGAAUCCGAUAAAACCUUACAAGAUUGCGAAAAUCAAGGUGUAGAAGCUAUAAAUACUGAAGAAAUGAAAAAGGCUCGAGAAAAUUAUAAAAAAGCAAGAUCGUUAUUGAAAGAAAAUACAACAGAGAAGAUUCUAGAAGCCAAGAAAUUUUUAGAAAGUGCUGCAAAUGCUAGAUACACUCAUGCAGAAUAUUUAUUUGGAAAAUAUUUAGUAAGUGGAAUUAAAUUCGAACAAGAUGUUAGCAAAGGGAUUGAAUAUUUACAAUCUGCAGCUAGCAAAGACCAUAAUAAUGCCAUUCUUCUACUAGCUCAUCUUUAUGAAUUUGGGGAUAUCGUGACAAUAAAUGAUGCAAUGGCAGUUAAAUACUAUACACGAGCAUCCGAGCUUAAUAUACAAUCAGCAAAUAAUGUUCUGGGCUCUUUUUAUGAAAAAGGAAUACAUGGAUUACCAAAAGAUACAGAGCAAGCAAUUCAUUAUUAUAAGCUUGCUGCUGAUAAUGGAUACACAUUAGCAAUGUUUAAUUUAUCAAUGAUUCUUGCUUCUAAAGGAGAUCAAACUUAUUUAGAUUAUUUAUACAAAGCGGCGGAAGCUGGUUUACCACAGGCUCAAUUCAAUGUUGCAAUCAGAAGAGAUAUUGAUAAAGAUACGAAAAUCCGUUACUUAAAAUCUGCUGCAGAUUCCGGUCUUUCAAGAGCUUGUUAUUAUUAUGCAAUGUAUACAAACGAUCAAGAUGAGAAGAAUAAAUAUAUGCAACUUGCAGCCGAAAAAGGAUAUCUCAAGGCCUUGCCAGAAACUGCUGAAAUCAUGAAAGAGAAAAAUCCUCAAAAACUUAGAGUUUUAUUACAAAACGUUAAUUCUAGUGAAGAAGACUAUCCUGUAGAUAAGUCAAAAUCUCAAUUAGUAUUAAGCCAAUUGAUUAAAGAAGCAGAAGGCAAAAAUUACCCUGAAAGUCUUUAUCUUCGAGGAAUUGGAAAUGAAGAUAUAAAAGAUCUUGAAGCCGCAGCAGAAACAGGUCAUAGAGAUGCUAAAAUAUUAGUUUCUGUAAUGAAACAAGAUAUAGAAUCAAUAAAAGAAAAUGCAAAAGAUGAAGAAGAUCCAGCAGCUGUCAAUAAUUUAGCAAAACUUUAUGAAGUUGGAGAAGGAGUUGAAAAAGAUGAAGAAAAAGCAAUAGAAUUAUACAAAAAAGCUUCACAAAAAGGUUCUGAAGUUGCCACAUUUAAUCUUAUAAGACUAUUAACAAGUAAAGGUAAUAUUCAUGAAGCAAUUAAAGUAGCUAGAAAAGAAUAUAGAACAACAAAUAAUUCAAAAUCAGCUUUUGAACUUGCAAAAGUUUUGAUUGAAAAUAAUGAAACAGAAGAAGGAAUAGAAUAUCUUAAACAAUCUGUAGCUAAAAAUAAUACUCAUGCAAUGUAUUAUUACGCUAUUUUAUUGGCAAAAGGAAAUAAUGUUGAAAAAGAUAUGAAUCAAGCUAGAGAUUUAUUUAUCAAAUGCGCAGAUCUAGAUACAACAAAUGGAGCUUACGCAUUUGCUGCAGCAAAAUUUUCUCAAUUUAACGCUAGACAAAAGUAUCUUGAGACAGCUGUAAAUUUAGGAUAUCCACCGGCAAUGCUUCAUACUGCUAAAAUAAGUCACAAAAGCAUUGCUAAGCCAUUACUGGAAAAGAUUGUCGAUAACAAAGAUUUUCCUACUGUUGCUGAAGAAGCAAAGAAAUUACUCGAAUCAAUGACGUAA